CGUCUUUCAACACAAAGCUGAGUUCUUACUGAAGAAGAGAUGAAGAUGCUGCACUUGGCUACGAUUCUGCUCACGCUGUCUGGUGUUCUCACUCAGAGCAGUGAUUGGGGUGUGAAAUAUCCCGAUAAGCCGAUCUGUGCUGUGAGAGGAUUCAGUGUCUCCAUUCCCUGUAGUUAUUAUUAUCCACAGCAAAAUUAUCAGGUGGUACAAAUGCUUUGGUGCUCAAUGAACUCAAACAAAGAUAAGUGUCAUGUCCCACCGUAUGUCUAUAGCAGCUCAUCAAACACCAAGUCAGACUUUGAGUACGCUGGAGACGACAAAUCAAACUGCACUUUGUUAAUCCACAAUCUACAGUUCAGUUAUUCUGGAGAGUACAAAUUCAGAUUUAUGACUAAUGUGAGCGGUUUCAGUUGGACAGGUCUUCCUGGAGUGAUUCUACAAGUGGCAGAUUUAAAGGUGUCACUAAUCAGGCUCAGUGGAAACGGAACCCUUAAACAAGGAGACUCAUUAAAUCUGACGUGUGAUGUGAAGUGCACACACAGUUCCUCACAGUUUGUGUGGUCUAAGAACAACGAGCAGUUAAAUACAUCAGGACCCGUUCUUCACUUUCCUGCUCUAACCGUGAGGGAUUCUGGGAAUUACACCUGCACUUGGAAAACCAAUGAGGUGUCAGGAUCUGAAACGAUCAGCCUUCAGGUCGAGGGUAAAUCAUCUGCAACAGAUCAGUCAAUCUGGAUCUUUGUUUUUGUGACAACUGGAAUGAUUUUUAUCGUCUUAGUCAUCCUAGUAGCUGUGAUUUACAACAGGAGGUGCGUCCACACUGAGCAGCUGAAGGAGGAAGAUUCAGACAUUUACACCACAGUACAGUACAAUACAUUCACCAUGAACUGAUCACACUUUCACUCCAAAGUUACUUCAUUCCAGACUUCUGCAUGUCAAUUUCCCCUGAGAGCAGAAAGCAAAAAGACAUGAGCUCCUUAUUUCUCCAUAGCAAUUUCAUAAACUAUCAUGGAGCGAUCUAUAAUGAAUUAAUAAACCUGUGUGUGUGUGUGUGUGUGUGUGUGUGUGUGUUGUAAAAUACUGAGUGAUGGUCUGGUGAAGGCGGAGUUACUGUUACCACCCUGAAGUUGAUUAUACUCCUACAACAGCAUGA